AUGGAGGACCUAAUUAACUUCGACAUCAUCGAAACGCACAAGGAAAACAUUCAAUCGCUUCCCGGAGGUCGAUCUGCAAAGGCGCUCGCUGCCACAUUCGCACCUACAUCCUUGCGCCCAUUAGGACCUACUCUAGGAGACACGAGGAAUCUUAACGAUGCCAUUCGGGAGGAGUACGAGUUGGAGCUGAUCGCAAUUGCGGAUUCCGACGACCCUCUAGAUGUCUAUGACCGAUAUGUGAAAUGGACCCUAAGCGCCUACCCCUCCGCUCAAGCAACACCAGAAUCCCAACUACGACCGUUGCUCGAGCGAGCUACCAAAGCUUUUCACUCCGCGACACACUAUAAAAACGAUCCACGAUACCUAAAACUAUGGCUGAACUAUAUUCGAUUCUUCUCAGACGCUCCCCGAGAGACUUUCGCAUACCUUGCAAGACAUAAUAUUGGUGAAGGCCUUGCACUUUUCUACGAAGAGUUUGCAGCAUGGCUGGAAGGAGCUGCAAGGUGGACACAAGCGGAUGAGGUCUAUAAGCUUGGUAUUGAGCGAGAAGCUCGCCCCGCAGAGCGUUUGAUACGCAAAUUUGGAGAGUUUCAGCAUCGCUUCGAGUCUCGAGUGCAGAAUGCAGACGAGCCUUCGUCUCCAGCACUGCCGACGGUACGACCAGCAUUAGUGGCCAAGUUGGACCCUUUCGCGGUUUCGACACCUCGAUCGUCAGACCCGCAAGCUCCACGACUGCCCUCGGGAAUUGGAGGGUCAUCAACAGCGCGAGGAGGAAGACAGAAGCUUGCAAUAUUCAGCGAUGCUGACGGACCGGCACCUGAUGUCAACGGUCCUGUCGAAGCAGCCAAAGGGUGGGAUAACAUUGGAACGAUAGCAGAUCGUAAGAAAGAGAACGUCAUGGAAGCUAGGCCUUGGACAGGAGAGACUCUGAGAGCAGGCAAAAAGACAGGUGGACUACCGAAGAUGGCCAUCUUCAAAGACGAGUCAAGCUCACAAGUAACGAAUACCAAUGAAUCAAAACCGUCGAGAUAUGCAGACCAGCAACAGGUCACGAAUGCCCGUACAGGCAAGAUCGAGCGUGUCUUCGUGAAUUUAGAAGCAGUAUACCCUAAUGAUAGUGAUCACAGCGAAGAGAUGAGCUUCGAAGAAUUGAGAGCCAAGUCGAGAGGCUGGUUGAAUCGUGAUUGGGCAGCUGAAAGCAAGCAAAGGAUAGCAGAAGCAUCUCCGGCUCGUGAAGCAGAAGAUCAAGCCUCUACAGUUGCUUCCGCCGAAGAAGCGGUCGGUGUUCUGCAACCUGCUCGGACCAAUCCAGACACACGCAGCAGUUCCAAUACGCAGCUCGAGACUACAAUCGCUGUGGACAUCGGACAAGAGGGCAGGGCUGGACGUCCGAAGAAGAUAAAGAUUAGGGAGGUAAAGGGGGAGACACAGACGAUCUUGACAAAUCUCGAAUCGCCUACGGGACCAAAGCUGAGGCGCAAGAAAUCUGCAGAACCUACCAUGACUCUCCAUACCAAAGCAGCCACCGAAGACAUCUUGGAUAUCUUCAAUCAGCCUCUGAGGAAUGUAGAUCCAAUGGCGGGUCCAGAGGAUAGUGCUGGUGAAAGCGACUAUGACGACGACGACGACGAUUACACCAGCGCAGGAGAAAGCACAGGAACUGGAAGGAUCUCUGGUACUAGCGAGUUUGGGGAUACUGAGACAGAUGUGAAGAGUGUGGCCGCUCUCGAGGAUACUAAUGGUGCUGCCGCAAGUGUGAGUCCGUGGUCCGACUUCACUGCAAGCAAGCAUGUUCCGAAAUUGGAUACGUACGAAUCUGAAGAAAACGCCACGAACGGAGCAACCACGGACGGUUUCGUAGUGCUCGAAGACGCUAAUCCAAUUGGUGACGGAAGAGACGAAGAUAUAGAUUUGAUAACGCCAAUUUCACCUGAGCCUGAGAAUGGAUCAAUCCGACCAAGAUAUGUCCCUAUACCACCAGAGGAUUAUGAGCCGCCUACCCGACCAUAUAGAGAUCCGUCCCAGGUAUCUCAGAAUCGACUGCCAUUCAUGACACCGAUCGUUGAAAAGACCGAGUCAUCAAUGGGUGCUCUGACGAUACGAGAAGAGAAAGACUACUUCAGUUCAAAGACACCUUCGAGGCACCAGAACAAAGGGCACGCAACACCUCAAAUUGACGAAGAGCUUCUCAGCAGCCCUUUUCAAGAAAUCGUCAACGAAGCUCCGCCACCACGCGUUCCCAAGUUGAAGGUUGCUAGUUCGAAGACUGCCUUGGACUCGGCACAAGACGCCAAAGGACCAAUAAUCAGAGAUGCACAAUGCAAUCCAGUCGACGACUCUGUCCGUAAAUGUAUACUGGAGAGCGUCAAACCACCACUGUCAUCUUUCUCAGGAUACUAUGACUACAGACCCCUGAGCUGCAACAGAGCCCCAGAAGUCCGCAAAUUCAUCAAAGCUCUCGCAAAGGCCAAGAGCGGAUCCGACAAGACUACCACCUCCAUCUCCAUGCCACCAACGCUUCGGUUUCCCCAAGCGUCAACGAAGACGUACACCGUAAAACGCGAGCUCGGCAAAGGCGCUUUUGCACCUGUCUACCUCGCUGAAGAAGACAGCUCCGAUCCAGAAAACAGCACCCUUGUUGCAAUGAAAUGCGAGCACCCUCCCACAUCCUGGGAAUUCUACAUAAUGUCCCUUCUCCAGAGCCGUCUUCCUUCUUCCCACCGCGCCUCACCCUCCCUUCUCAAGCCACAUUCGAUGCAUCUCUUCGCUGACGAAGGCUACCUCCUCGAAACCUACCUCGACCAAGGGACACUUCUCGACCUCGUCAACCUCGCCAAAACAGACCCUUCAAACUCUACAAAUGGCACGCUCGAGGAAAGCGUAGCCAUGUUCUUCACGGUUGAACUCCUACGCACAGUGGAAGCUAUGCACAGCGUGGGCAUCCUGCACGGCGACCUCAAAGCCGACAAUUGCCUUGUCCGUUUGUCGAAACCCGAAGAGAAAGAAGGUUGGGACCCCACCUACCAGCCGGACGGUAGCGCAGGUUGGGCUUCAAAGGGCCUCUGCUUGAUAGACUUCGGUAGGGGUAUCGACAUGCGCGCUUUCAAAGAAGACGUGCAGUUUGUAGCGGAUUGGAAAACGGGCAAGCAAGAUUGCGUCGAGAUGCGUGAAAUGCGGCCCUGGACGUACCAAGUUGACUACUGGGGUAUUGCUGGUGUCAUACACAGUCUACUAUUUGGCAAGUAUAUCGAAGAUGUGGCGGUGGAUGAUAAAGACGCGAAUGGCGAACGAGGAGGGGGUAUUGGGCAGAAGAAGAAGUACAAGCUUAGGGAAGGGCUGAAGAGGUAUUGGCAGUCCGAACUUUGGGCACCUUUGUUUGAGAUCUUGCUGAACCCGGCUGCGAAUGUGGAGGGUGAAGUCGGAGGCAAGGUGCCUUGUACGAAGGGUCUGAGGAGGUGUAGGGAGGGGAUGGAGGAGUGGUUGGCGGGUGAAGGCGGGAGGAGGAACGGAGGCCUGAAGGCUGGCUUGAGACGGAUUGAGGAGAGGAUUAGGGAGAAGAAGACGAAAUGA